AUGAGUAGAAAUAUUUUCCUCUUGCAUUUUUUCCUUGUGGAAUUAUUCUGCGGGUGUAAUGCAGUAUACCAAGGUUGUUACCCUGAGACUCCAGAAUCUCGUCAGCUAGCUGCUAACCCUGGUAACUACUACACUAACAACACAGGCAUCAACUUGUGUAAUACUCAGUGUGCUUCACUUGCAUAUAGUUAUGCAGGAUUAACAUCUGGAGACUUGUGUUUCUGUGGUAACAUGCUGACUGAAGCUCCAGUGUCUGAGGGACUAUGUGAUCUGCCUUGUACAGGUCAACCAACAGAAAACUGUGGGUCAGACAGUGCUUACAUGAAUGUUCAUCAGUUAUCAGUCUCACAGUUAUCUGGCCUCUCCAUACAAGAUCCAGGAAUCGUAGAGACAUACAACAGUACUACUUUCACCUUUAAUGUAACUGGAGGGGAAGUGGUCACAAUAUCUGGCAGUUUAACAGACGACAGUGACAGUCAGUUUACCCUGCCCCCAUCAGGCACAACUCUACAGCAUAGUGUACAGAGAGCUGGUAUAUCUGUGAUCAAGGCCCAUGCUUCUGGCAGCUUGAAUGUCACAUACCAAGCUGGUGCUAUUAUACAAGCUCAGACCCGUAUCAAGAGCGUCACAUUGGAAUGUCCUUCAGUAGUGUUGAGUGGAGCGAGGUUUGACUGCUAUGUUACAAUAGCGCAGGGAACCAGUAUCAAUAUCCAGGCUGACUUAGGGGAUGGAACAUUGUUACCACUCAGAACACCAGAUUGUCAGAGUUACACUGCUGGACAGUCCUCUGGUUUUGUGUCGGGAGAAAUUCACCCAGGAACUUCCUUAUUGUACCUGGUGUCUAGGGCCGAGUUCAGACAGAACGGAACCGUAGUUGGUUUCUCCUAUACUGCAGACGUUGCUGGAACAAUCACUGUACAGGUAUACAGGCCAUUUUGCUCCAAUCUUGGGGAGGUAUUUUGUCAGAAGUCGUAUUCAUGCAUCUCAACAAAUGAUACGUGCUAUCAUCAGCCAAUCGGAGAGCACUGGAAACAUCGCUGUGGAGCAGGUGCUAUAUAUAGCAUAGCAAAGAGGCACUGUGUGGAUCGUGCUACCGGACACUUGACUGAAAACUCCACAAAUAAAGCAUAUUUUGGAAGCUUUGAUUUAGUAGCAGAAAUAUCAGUGGUAAUCAGUGUGGCAGGACAUACAUUUUACCAGGUUCCAGACAGUGAUUUACUGAGCGUACAAGCAGGAGAUUUCCUUGCUGUAAAAGAAGACUCGGCUAGACUCCAGAUAAUAAAUACAACAGCCUCAGCUUACGAGUAUUAUUUUGAUGUACAGGCUGAUUCUACUUGGUCCGAAAGAGCAAGCAAUGGAUAUACGUUAAUGUUUGCUAGCAGUGACCCCAUGCUAGCAGCUGCUCAUGCCAUACGUGCGCACGUUGUGAGGCCAGUGAGACUGAAGUUUAGACAUACUUAUGUAGAGCAGGGUUUUAUUACAAGAAACAUAUCUGUUUCUGCGUCAAAUAACAUUUCCUCCAUAACUACCAUUGAUAGUGUCGAUGUACAGGUGCUCAUAGAAAACGUUAUGAUAUUGUGCAAUUAUACUGCAGCGGUUACUAACUCAUCUGUGUUACUGAUGGUACCACCCCACCCUGGCUCAAAUGUUGUGUAUUACUGGGAUUUUGAUGAUGGUAACACAAGUAUUGGUACAAAUAGGAGCAUUGAACAUACAUGGAUGACAGCUGGUGUCUACAACAUCUCUGUAUUAGCUGUGAACAACUGCAGCUCCAGCGCAGCAUCUCUGAUACUGAUAGUUCAAGAUGAGAUCAAGAACCUAAGUGCAACAACUGAUGGAACUGCUGUUGAGAAAUACACUCCUUUCUUAAUCAUGUGGAAUAUAACAGAAGGAACUGAUGUAAAUUUCAUAGCUGACAUGGGGGAUGGUACCAUCUACAACUUUGCAGUGAUGAAUGGUACAACAAACUGUACAGGUGGAAAUGGAACAUCUGGCUGUGGUGUAAUGACUUAUGCUUCUGUUAGUGAUUUUGAUGGUUAUAUAUGGCACAGCUACACAAGUACAGGACAGUUUUCUGUACAGAUACUUGCAUCUAACCUUGUCUCAUCUGUAAAUGUUACCUUCACCUUGAUUGUGCAAGUGAUCAUUGAAAAUUUUGUAAUACAUGAGAUAGAGCCUAUACCUUAUGGGCAGAUUAGUACAAAUAUGAUGCUCAGUGUCAGUGCAGGGUCGGACAUGAAUGUCACUGUUACAUUUGGAAACACAACCUUGGAUACUGCUUAUAUUCUUGACAGCGGAACUGGUGUUGCUGUGAUAUAUGACUCUGAUUACCAUGGUUACGGAUAUUACAGUGUGUAUGGUAAUGUCAGUAACCUGGUGAGUCCGGUGCAGAAUUAUACUACAGGAGUAUGGGUUGACUAUCUGAUCACAAAUUUAGCCAUAACAAUUGACCGGCUGUUCCUGCCUGUACUUGAAAUGACUACAUUGUACAUAGAAAUGACCUGGUGCUCGAGAUUCAACACAACAAUAAGUUAUGGUGAUGAUACUCCUAACAUUUCAUUUUACACUGAACUUCUACAAGCCCCAGACAAUAUUUCAAGUCAGCACUCGUACAUAUUGCCUGGAACAUACAAUUUGUUUCUAGAACUUGAUAAUCCAGUUGAUUACUUUAAUGAUUCCUACACUGUAGUUGUACAAUAUCCAGUAACUAACCUGGACUCAACUUCUACCACCCCGCAUGUAUUAAUUUUUGGUUCACCAGUUUAUGUUCCUUUUAACCUGACGUUUCUUGGUGGUGUUGAACCUGCGACUGAAGCCAUUAUUACAGUAGACUUUCAAGAUGGAACAGUUACUGUUGAUCCGUUUAAUGUGACAGAUCAAGAUGCUGUCGUCUUUGCCAUGUUUCAUGCCUAUACUGCAGCAGGAACAUAUAAUGUGUCAAUGAAUGUUUCCAACCUUGUCAGCUGGAUCACAUUGUAUGAAGUUGUUGACGUGGAUGAGAUGAUAUAUGACCUUGAGUUGACCCCUAACCCUUUGUAUGUGAUCACCAAUCAUCACUCUAACUUUCAAGCUUCAAUGGCUGGUGGUACAAGAGCAAUUUGCAGAUGGAAUUUCCAAGAUGGCUCUGCUGAUCAUACUGACUCGUGUUCAAGGUCAAACUCUGUCUCGGUUAACCAUACAUUUGUAAGCCCAGGUGUAUACAAUAUUCAUCUCUUUGCCAACAACAGUAUAAAUCACCAGUCUGCUUACUCACUGAUUGGACCAGUUAUUGUCCAAAACCCUGUAGUUGCCUUCAAAACCAUUAGCUUGACAAAGGUCAGUUACAUGGGCCCACCCUACACUGUGGAUUACUCAGUCACACACUCAUUUGAACUUCAAUUUGACAACAGAAAGCAGCUGCCGACAAAUGCCUCAUAUCAGAUAGACUUUGGAGAUGGAACUGUUACAUCCAUCCAGCCUCUACCUACGACUGCCCUUGUUGUCAGUUAUUCUCCCAAUCAUGAUCUCAUGCUGACCUUUGACCAUACAUAUACCAAGGGAGGUAAUUAUUCUGUUGAUAUCACAAUCUGGAAUAUCGUUAGUCAAGAGACAUUUUCAGACACGUUGGACAUAUAUGAAGGAAUUACAAACUUACAGGUAACAGUAUAUGACUUUGACGAGGUGACAAACAUUAAAAAAGCUGGAGGUGGUUCAAAUAAUGACUAUUUUGCACAAGAACAUUACGUUUGGUUUCAAGCGUCAUAUGAUCGUGGAAGUCACAUGACCUUUGACUGGGUAUAUGAUGAUACAACUAGUGACAGCAUCUUCUACAAGGAUUUUGCCUUACACCACUAUGAUAAUACUGGUUCAUACUAUGUACAGCUGUAUGCUUCUAACAUUGUUGGUUCUGCUAACGUUAAUGUUUCGAUUUAUGUACACAGAGGUUGUUUUGAUAUUUCAAUAUCAUCAAACACACCUAGAUCAAAGAACACAACAUUUGACUUUCCAGUUUAUCCAGGAAAUAUCGCCACAGAGGGCUGUUAUAUGAUAGACUUUGUCGAAGAAACUGCAAUUCCAAGCCGUUAUCAGUUCUUUGGUGAUUAUAGCUAUUGCUCCUCCAUCCCUGAGUGGGCAUCUUUAUUAGCUGCAAAUGUUGACCAUUUUAUUCAUUUGUCAUCCAAUGAAUGGGAAAGCAGACGUUAUUUACAUCUGGCAACUACAACAACAACAAUUAGUACUUCAUCAUCUUUGGUAACUGGUUCAACAACAAGUUCAGCUUCGUCCACAACAAGUACAAUGACCAGUGCAACAACCAGUGCAACCUCAGCAACUUCAGCAACAGCAACAACAUUAAGUACUACAUCAGCGGUAACAUCAACUACAACCACUAUGACACCUUCAGCCACAACAACACCUACAACCACUAUGACACCUUCAACCACAACCACUAUGACACCUUCAACCACAACGGUUUCUCCAGAAUCUAUUGCAAAAUGGAAUGAAACAAUAAGAACAAUUUAUAUGGUUCCCGGACUGUAUGAAACAGUGUUGACAUGUAAAAAUCGGGUGUCCGAGGAAUCUGCAAUAUGGUUAACAGGGGUCACUAAAGGUCCCUGCUGGUGGCCUUAUGUCAAUCUGACUGCGCCAAAUACAUGUGAUCCACCAUUUUGCGACUCUGAAUACCCUGACAUGAGGACGGCAUACAGAUCAGAAAAGCUUGUUGUAUAUUCCGAUGUGAAAAUAAAUUGCACGGCAACAAAAAUUGCAUAUUAUUGGUGGAGAGUUUUCAAGCAAAACAUUGACUGGGGGAAUGAGACAGAAAUAACUGAUUUAAAAGAUGCUGAUAUUUUCUCUAUAGGAGCAAGAAACUUGAUCCUUGAAGGUAAUACACUAGAAUAUGGCUUAUACCGUUUCUGGUUAAAUACUAGUAUGGAUGAGCUAAUGGGCAUGUAUACCAUUGAUGAUGUCUAUAUUCGUAUCAUUCCAACACCAUUAGUAGUGGGAAUUGCCGGUGGGGAAUUUAUAAUGCGCAGAUGGGGUGACUUGGUCCCUCUGCAGGUUGACGGAGGUUCGUUCUCGUAUGAUCCCGACGUGGAGGAUACAGAAGAUAAAACUGGAAUGGAGUUUAUAUGGCUGUGUCGGAGGCUAUGUGAGGGGUGGCCUGAAGAAUAUGAUAAUGACUUUAAUCCAAAAAAGAAAAUGCCGCAAAAUAACUGCACGUAUCAGGAUCCAUCAGACCGAGGAUGUAACAAGAUAGACAAGUUGGACUCUUCAGGUCGUGUUGUAAACGCAUCUGGACAAGUGCUUGAGAUGAUGACAGGAGAAAUGUAUGAAUCUGACUCUGUACAAAUACGUCUAGUUGUGCGAAAAGAUGGCCGACUUGCUGACGCCUUUCAAGAAGUCUACAUUUCAGCUGGUGACCCACCCAUUUUUGGAAUUCAGUGUGUGACUAACUGCGGCCCUCGUGUUAAUCCUGAUAGCAGAUAUGGCCUGAAAUCUAUGAUAGAGGGCUGGACAACGGGUGUAUACUUCUACUACGUCUGGAAGUUAUACGGAUCUUACGGAGAUCGUUCUACACGUUCUUUGAUCGACUACAGCCUUUGGGAGAACUAUACAAGCACAGGGGUAGCAGGACCAAACAUGGCAAUAUUGCCAAACUACCCAUACCCCUCCACGUAUCCUUACUAUGAACUUUCCUUGAAAAUCUGGAGAUGGGGUCAGGAUGAAGCGAAUCAUGGCAUUGCUGAGAAAAGGUUUUCUUUAAACCAGAAGCCAACUGGGGGUGCUAUUGAAAUGUCCCCUACCAGUGGUGUAGAGUAUGACACCAAGUUCUAUGUUAGAGGGUAUAACUUCAGUGACACAGAUGAUGGCUCAUCUUUCCGAUACAAAUUUGGAUAUCAACUUGAUACAAAUUUACCAAUUACAUGGUUUUAUGAAGGAACAAUUGACAACAAUGGUGGAAAAGAAGCUCCAUUCCCUGCUGGCUAUGAUUACCGUAGUAACAGAGUGGAUGUGAUCGCUAGAGCUUAUGAUCUUAGUGGGGCUUUCAAAGAUGCCUGGUCAUUUGUAACAGUGACAGCACCAGAUUCCGGGACAGUAUCAGACAUGCUGGUGAAUGCAACGCAAGAUGGUGGUCUUAUAGACAACCUGUUUGUUGGAGCAGACAUUAAGGUGGCACCGGUCAGUAAUGUUAUAGGAAAAUUUCUCAAUGAAGAAGCAGAUGCUGGAGUGACUACCCCAGUUCUUACAACCACUACAGCAGCAAGUGUAAAUGGAAGUGGUAACAUGACUGAUGCACAGCUUGCAGAAAUACAGGCACAAUCUGUAGAGGAAGGUAGAGCAAGACGAGAAAAGACACGUGAAGCAAUCUUGUAUGGGUUUGAGCGUGUUGCCCCGACAACAAUGGAAGAGAUGCAGACGACAAGUGCUGCCUUGGCAACAUUAGCUGAGAAAGAAAAUGAACUCUCUCAGACUGCUCAGGAUAGUGCAAAUCUAAUUUUGGACAAUUAUGCCAAGGUACUGGAGAAAGAGGUGUACGCAUCAGCAGACGAUAGGGAGGAAGCUGCCUACACACUUAUUGAAGUCAUUGGAAAGAUGGCCCAGGGAGCUGGUUACCUUGCUGAUAAAGCCACCAAGGAAUCCAGUGAUCUCGCUGCAGCCAUGAUUGCUACUGAGGCUGAUGCAGGAGCCAGCACAACCACAACGCUCGCUCCUACAACCACUAUGUCGGUGGCAGAGUAUAAUCUAAGACAGGACCAGCUUAAGGCUGCCACAGAAAAGGCCAAAGCAACUGCACUAAAGUUGGAGAACACACUACAGAAAGUGAUUGACACAGUUGCCAGUUUCAAGGUGGCUGGAGAAACCAAUAUGAAGUUAGACACUCCAAAAAUGACAGUGACUGUUGACAAAAAACUUACUCAGAACGUAAAUGACGAGCCUCUAUUUGACGUUGGAGGGAAAUCAAAAGUAGUUGUUCCAAAGUCUCAGUUAAUAUUUGGGGAACCAGGGAACGAAACAUCAUUUUUUGUGCAGACAGAGGUUGUAAGACAGCCGAAGAACUAUUACACAUGGACAGACAACAAUGAAGGUUCAGCCACCGAGAUUUCUAGUGAUGUUAUCAACAUUAGAUACAAAAAUGAUUCUGGGCUGGAGAUGAAAGUUGAAAACUUAGGCCAAGACUUUGAUGUGUUUGUUGAUCGAGAAUCGUUUGUAUCAGAUGGUGACAAGAUUGAAUCAUUGACACGGGAAUGGAGAGACAGUAUGCUUAUACAUCAGGUACAAGUUCCGCCUGACAGUGCCCUGUCUUUGUCCGUGAUGCAGUUAUAUAACCUGUCUGCCUCCUCAUAUGAUAAUUCUAUAAAUAGUACAGAUGAGGAUAUUGUCAUAGAAACGGAAAAUGUUACGUUUUAUGUAUAUAUUAGGGCAUAUGAAGAGCCCACCAUUUUUAAGUAUGAUUACAACUGUGUAUUGCCUCUGAGUAAUGAGACGCUUGUGGAUAUGAUGUCAUACAUGGAUGCCGUCACUUACGAAAAUGACACGUCCCCACCACGAUCUUCAUUCAUUGCUGAGACACCAAACAGAUGGAUUUGUUUCUUCAGCAAUGAUGUGCUCAACUUGACAGAGACUACAUUGUUCCAGAUAGGGGUGAAACACCUUGUUGGUGAUGCUGAAAUACCAUUUGUUCCACAAUUCAAUGGUACAUCAACAUCAACCACUACUACUACUACUACAACCACCACAACAACAACUACAACGACAACAACAACAACCACCACCACCACUUUACCUCCGUGUACAACUACUUUAGAUCCCAGAAGGACUUGCUCGUGGAGAGAUGCAAGAAAGGGAAAGUGUUCGAGGCAAAAACAGACACCACUUGGAUUGAAUCAGCCAUGCGAUGACGGUGGUGGUGGCGGGGGAGGUGGAGGUGGUGGUGGUGGUGGUGGGGGUGGAAAAGCACCAAAAGGUGAUAUUUCUAAAUAUUUUAAUUUGUCUACUCCACCACCGACAGUCCCUCCUCCACCGAAAUAUAAACCAGCAUUGUAUCAGAUAGAUUUUUUCUCUACCUACUGUGUAUGGUGGGACCCUAAAGUCAGUUUAUGGAAAGGAGAUGGAUGCAGGGUUGGUCCGCUGACAGAACCAGCCCGUAUACACUGCCUAUGUAAUCAUUUGACUGCUUUUGGUGCAGGAUUUGCUGUUCCUGUAAACUCCAUCAAUUUGAAUGACUCGGCCUUCACCAACCUAGACUCCAAUCCUAUUGUGUUUGCCACAAUGGUCUCCAUGAUGUGUCUGUACCUACUGUUGCUAAUCUGGGCCAGGAAGAAGGACAAAAAAGAUGCUAUUCUGGCUGGAAUCUCACCCCUACCAGACAAUGAUCCCAGGGAUAAAUAUCUCUAUGAGAUUACUGUAUAUACUGGCUCUAGGAAAGGUUCAGGUACAACUGCAAAGGUUUCAUUUAUCAUAACUGGUGACCUGGAUGAGACAGCACCUAGAGCUAUAGAAGAUGAUCAGCGGCCCAUUCUCGCUCGUGGCAGUGUUGACUCAUUUGUUAUGGCUGUACCAAGACCACUUGGUAAUCUCACCCAUCUCAGGAUCUGGCAUGAUAACAUGGGUGAAAGCCCAUCCUGGUACUUCAGCAGAUUUAUGCUUCGUGAUAUGCAGUCUGGUCACAAGUACUACUUCAUCGGCGAAGACUGGCUUUCACUGGAUUGUGAUGAUGGACUGAUUGACCGUGUGAUACCUAUAGCUGGAAAAGCAGAGCUUACUAACUUCAGCUUCCUGUUUUGGUCAAAGGCCAAAACAAACCUGACUGAUGGUCAUAUUUGGUUCAGUAUUUUCCAGCGUCCCGCCAAAAGUAACUUUACAUGUGUCCAACGCCUCACUUGUUGCCUCUCUCUGAUUUUCUGCUCCAUGUGUGCAAGUAUUGCGUGGUAUGGAACUGCAGAUAACUCUUCCGAGGAGGUGAAAGUUGGUCCAGUUGGUAUAAGUCUCGCUGGAGUUUAUAUUGGCAUUGUGAGCAGUGCAGUUACAUUUCCGAUAAACAUCCUUAUCAUUUUGAUAUUCCGAUACUCCCGAGCACCACCACAGAAAAAUCUAUUCAGAAAGGAAGAUAUACGCAAGAAAACAGAUACUGAUAAUGAGGAAGAUGAAAAGAAAACUGAGAAAAAAGAAUGGUGGGAAGAAGAUGAUGCUGAUGAAGAAGAAGUGGAAUAUUUUGUUGAAGAAGAGUUGAAGGAUCAAAAAGAAUACCUUGAAACAGGAAGUGUACACAAACGCAAUUUGACGAAGCAAGGUAAAGUGACAGAGGAAGACCUUGGCCUUGUUCAGGUUGCCAACAUCCCGCUUCCUAAAGAUCUUAAGGAACGUAAAAAGAAGAAAAGUCGCCGUUUGCCCCACUGGUUUGUGUAUAUUGGAUAUGGGGUAUGUUUUGUUACAGUAGCUGUUACAUUCUGGCUUACCGUGGAGAUUGCUGGUGUGUUUGGCAGGAACAAGUCGCUGGAAUGGCUCAUCUCCUUCUUUAUAUCAGCAUUUGAAUCAAUUUUCUUCUCACAGCCUCUCAAGGUUCUAGCAUUAUCCAUGUUCUAUGCGCUGGUUAUAAAGAAACCUGACACUGGUGGAGAGGAUGAAGCGGCUAAUGACCUGAAUUCAGAUGAGGAAUGGUUACAUAAACACCUCACAGAAAAAGAUCUCCUAAAUCCGGAUACACUACGGAGUCUGGAAAAUAGGAAAGCCAAUGCCCCUCUACCACCAGAACUAGACUUCCUCAGAACUGCCAAGGCUGAAAGAGAAAAAGAACGCCAGAUGCAUGAGAUUAUACGUGAGGUGGUUGUGUGUGUUACCUUCUUAUUUCUUGUCCUGUUACUGGCAUACAGUAACCGUGAUCCAUGGUCAUAUAGAAUGCAUGUCACGUAUGACAACAUAUUUAAUCGUGGAGAUGUUGAGAAAGCUAUGUCAGGAACCAAACAAGAAUUUAACCUUAUGUCUCGGUAUGAGGAUUUCUGGAAUUGGACAGGAAAUGUACUGGUGAAUGGACUGUAUAACAGAGAGUUUUAUAAUGGUGAAACAUACACUGAGUCCCUGAUAGUUGAUAGACAGUCUAUUCUGGUAGGCGGAGCUAGACUUCGACAAGUACGCAUCACAUCUGAUAUGUGUGAGGCCCCAAUGAACUAUCUUCAGUUUCACUGUGAGAAGAGCUAUUCUGUACUGAGGGAGGACCAAGAUGACUAUUUGCCAGGCUGGGAACCAGUAGACCUUACUAUAUGGUCUCAGGUGCCCCAUACUUACUACACAUACAGAGAUUGGGAGGAGCUAGAUGGUUAUCCUUACAUGGGAGAAUUUGCUACAUAUGGAGGUGGGGGAUAUGUAGCAGAACUUGGUACAGACAAUGAAACGGCUUUAGAUGUUGUCCAGUUCCUACAGGACACCAGCUGGAUCGACUCCAAUACCCGAGCAGUUAUUGUGGAGUUUAACCUGUAUAAUCCAAACAUGAACCUUUGGGGUGUUUCCAUGUACCUUAUAGAGUUCCUUCAAACUGGAGGACUACAGAUGAACCCAAAGUGGCAUAUAUUGCGUCUGGAUCGUUAUGUUGGACCAUUCAUGUAUUUUGUAAUGGCCAUGGAAUUCAUUACCAUUAUGUUUGUGAUUUACUUCACUGUUAGAGAAAUCAGGCAAAUUAAAGCAACAAAAGUCCAGUACUUCAAGGAGUUUUGGAACUGGUGGGAGCUAGGAUGUCUUGCCUUGCUGUACGCAAUCAUAAUACUGUUCAUAUACAGAACUGUUGUUAACAUCGGCAAGAUGAAUGAGGUGCAUGAUAAUCCUGAGGCAUUUACCAAUCUGCAUUACGCUGUACUUCUUGAUGAGCUGUGUGGGUACAUGAUAGCAUUCCUUGUGUACAUGUACACAAUCAGAUUCAUCCGUCUGCUGCGAUUCAACAAGAAGAUUUCUGUACUUGGUGACACACUGAUGCAUGUUGCGAAGCCUAUAGUCAGUUUCCUGAUUGUGUUUAUAGUCGCUUUUUGUGCCUUUGCUAUGACAGCCUAUGUAUUCUUCGGAAGAAAUCUACGGACAUUCAGAAACUUUGUGACCACUCUGGAAACACUUGUCUCUAUGAUGCUGAAUAAGUUUGAUUACGCUUCUAUGAUGGCAGAAACAAAGAUUAUCGGUCCUGCGAUGUUUGGAUUCUUCUGUCUCAUCUUCAACAUUAUACUUAUAAAUUUCUUCAUCACUGUUAUCCUCGAGGGUUUUACCGCAGUACGUUAUGAUGAGAAUAAGCAGUCUAACGAAUAUGAGAUUGUUGACUUCAUCAUGCGGCGCAUGAAAAUGACUCUUGGUGUUGGACAGCCGGCAAAGAAACGAAAGUCAACAGGUGUGACGAGUGAUCCAAGGAAAAACCAGUUCGUUUAUGUUGAGAAACUAACCCCAGAUAUGGAGAAGAUUGCCGAGUUGGAUGGUAAAGUGAAUUUAAUGAUCAACAAACUAGAAGACUUGACAGAUGUCAAACAUGAACAAGAAGAUCUUAAAGACGAACUUGAACAGUUUAAACGCAAGAAGAAAAUUGUUAUUGGCUGAUUAUCAGAUUUUGUCAUGGAUAUUAUAAUAAUGGACUAUGAGUAUUGAUUUAACUUAUACAACUUUUUUUUUAGUUUUGGAAUUCUAUUUUUUUGUACACUUAAUUGACAUUUUAUUCUAAUUUCUAUCAAAGUUCAGUUAUUGUGUGUGUGUUUUUAAACAAAAAUAGAAAUAGGUUCAGAAAAGCAGUUCUUACAGUAACACACAAAUUAAAAACAUAUUUGAGCCAUGCCAUGAAAAAACCAACAUAGUGGGUUUGCGACCAACAUGGAUCCAGUCUGGUCAAGUCCAUGCUGUUCGCUUUUAAAGCCUAUUGGAAUUGGAGAAACUGUUAGCGAACAGAAUGGAUCCUGACCAGACUGCGCGGAUGCGCAUGCGCUGGUCUGGAUCCAUGCUGGUCGCAAAGCCACUAUGUUGGUUUUUUCAUGGCAUGGCUCAUUUAGAUGGGUAUAAACCACACUAGGUCUUCUAGCAAAUUCAUGAAUUCAGCUUGUCAAUUUUGGAUGAAUUGCUAUAGGUACCAGUGUGGUUUGUACUAGUCUUAAUGCACAAAGAAAAAAAUAAAAAAUAGCUUUUAAUCAUAGUAUUUAAAUUUUUACAAUAAUUUGCAACAAGAAGUACCUGGUUUCUUUUCAUAAGUAUCAAUAAAUCAUGGUAAAUGUCACACAGUUGGUCUUUAUAACCUCUACAUAGAACAACCAAAAGGACACGCCCACAUUAAAUUGCAAAUCACCUUCCAAUGGAAAUACAAUUUCCGAUUUUAAUUAAAAAUGUCUUUAAAUCCACUCAAAAAUCACCUAGUUUUGAUCUCUAUCAUCAAAAAAUUACAUUGGUCAAUAAUUGUAUGUUCUUUUUUUGAAAUUUUGGUGGCCAACUUUGGAAGAUUUUUUUGUAAUGAUCAAAUUUUGUGAAUGAUGUCAAAUUUUGUAUGCAGACUUAGGGAAAUAUAAAGUGAAUGUAUAAUAUUGGUCAAUGAAUAGAAAUGAAGUAUUCAACAUUAUUUUAGAUUUAGAAUAUUUUGAAAAUUUUAGGAAGCAGCGUGUCUUUUAUUGCCAGAAGUAUGUUUUGAUACAUAAUUUUCUGUAUAUCUGGGAAUUUUAAAACAACUUUUAGAUUACUAUUAAUAAAAAAUAGAUUUUAAAUUUUUUAAAAAUCAAAAUGAUGUUAUACCCUUUUAACAUGAUUAUUAGUUUCGUCCAUGCAUAUUUGCAUAUUGUUGCAUUUUAAAAAGCAUUGCCUAUACAAGUAUCUUUCUAAUUUAAUGAUUCCUUAAGAAAACUAAACAAAAAAAAGCAAAUAAUAUCCUGAAAGAAAUAGUUAAACCGGCACUUAAAAUUAUGAAAUGUUUAACAAUGAAAUGUUGGAUUAUUAUGAAGUAUAAAAUUACAAAUCCUGUGUGGAAUCCAUAUUUGUUACAUGUAUAGAAUUACCGUCUUAAUUUUCUCAAGUGAUUUAUAUUGAAUCAAGUGGCUGCAAAGUAUUUCUAUUCUUAUUGAAAUUUACUUUUCCUUUCAGUUUUUCUUUCACUGUGACAGUGCUCUAUUUUAUGACUGUACACUUAAUUUGAAUAAAUAGUUAAAGCA